AAUACCGUCAAAAAGUCCCGUUCACGUUGUAGUCGACACCAGACUCAGUACUGACAAAGGACGCAGACAUCAGAGAGGAGAAACGGAUUUAUUACGCUCCGAUUAUCUGCUGUUUUCUAUUAUUGAUGUGUGUGCGCACUCUCUUCUAACAACGUGGAGCUCUCUAUAGCGGACUGUCCGUCAACUGACUUCAAUGAAGGAGAGAAUAUCUAGUCAGAAAGUAUCUGUUAAAUCCGGGAUGGAUCCUAGUCAGAUUGUGAAGUGUAAAAUAGUUGUGGUCGGGGACAGUCAAUGUGGGAAGACUGCUCUACUACACGUUUUUGCAAAGGAUAUCUUCCCAGAAAGUUACAUGCCCACAGUGUUCGAGAAUUACACGGCCAGUUUUGAAAUAGACACGAAAAGAAUAGAGCUCAGCCUAUGGGACACGUCAGGGUCUCCAUACUACGACAAUGUGAGGCCUCUCUCCUACCCAGACUCAGACGCUGUCCUUAUCUGUUUUGAUGUCAGCCGUCCUGACACACUCGACAGUGUAAUAAAGAAGUGGAAAGGGGAGAUCCAGGAGUUCUGUCCCAACACCAAGAUGCUCCUGGUGGGCUGCAAAUCUGACCUGCGCACCGACCUCUCCACGUUGGUGGAGCUAUCCAAUCACAGACAGAUGCCUGUGUCAUAUGAUCAGGGUUCCAACAUGGCCAAACAGAUCUCAGCCCCCUACAUCGAGUGCUCAGCCCAGCAGUCAGAGAACAGCGUCAGGGACAUUUUCCACGUGGCCACCUUGGCCUGCGUCAACAAGAACAACAAGAAUGUCAAACACAACAAAUCUACCAGAGGCAACAAAAGGAUCUCGCACAUGCCCACUAGGCCCGACCUCGCGGCGGUAGCGUCAGACCUGCGGAAGGACAAAGCAAAGAGUUGCAGUGUCAUGUGACCUGGUGGGCAGGGUCACGACCCUCAGGAGUGGGUUUGUAGGCUGGGAUUGAAGCAUGCAGUGAGGACAGGGCUUAAAGGUCAGAGCAUAGUGCAUUUUGGGACAUUAGAGGGUGUGGCCCUUCCCUUCCUGCACUUUAAAGCCCUUGGCUUGCUGUCCUGGGGUGGAGUUUUUUAUAUGCAUCAUACAAUGUAAGUGUAGAUGAAAUCCACCGUAUCAAUGACAACACAAUAGUCUUUCAGUGUAGCCUGUCUGUCUACCAUCCAUCUCCCUUACAUAUCUUUUACCAGAAGAGGAAGCUAUCUCUGCUUUGGGCCAAUUAGCUGCCUUCCUUCCGGCGGCUUCCCGGGAGGUAGUAACACUGUUCCUCUUAGAGCUGGACGAGGAAGGGGUCAUGGCCUUUCACAGGAAAUUAGCAUUUCCACAGGAAGUGAUGUCACGUAGGAAAAGUUGAACGAGUCCCGGACGUUUUUCUAAGGACUUCAGAAAGGAUGUGAACAAGAGAUCCACGCUGUACAUGUAACUGUAAAUGAUGAUGGGCUCACCCUGGUCUGUACAGCUGACUCCAUUACCAGGAGAGACUGCAGCGGUGCCCUCUGGAACGCUGAAGACGAGCGGCCAUCUUGCACUGGAUCACAGAUCUGGAAGUGACAUGACACUGCGCACGCAGCACAUCACUGUGGUUUCUAUCAGCUUGUUUGUUUCUCUUCCCCCUUCUUGUGGUUGCAAGUCAAGUGUUUCCUGACCUAAUGGUCCAGUUGUUCCAGUCAUCUCUUUCCUGUAUUUUGUAGAAUUUACUGUAAGCCCAUAUCAUUUAAACCAAUGACCGUUGACAUUCUAGGACUUCUGAUCUGGUUGGCGUAAUGAUAGACAGGGUAUUGUGAUGUGAUGCUGAACAGUUUAUGGACAUGCCCUUUCAGCUAUGCAACACCUUCUGAUUCUGCUCUCAGCAAGGGAGGGGAAGGAAAUAAACAAAUGAAGCAUGACUUUGGUUGAAGGACGUUGUUCACUGGAUAUGUCUAAAGUAUAAAUGCACUUUUUUAAGAUCAAGGCUUCGCUAAAAAGCGCCAUGAAUUCUGGUAUAUUCCAAUGCCUUUAUUAAACUCGCGAUGCUUUUCAAGUGUUUUCAGAACAGCUUCUCCUAGAGCAGUAUCAUCAUCUAGCCUGCUAAUGCUUUCUGUUCCUGGAAUGAAUGAAAAGAAAGAAACGGUUGUUUGUUGUGUCAUUAGGUCAUCAUCUCCCUUUUUUAAUGUAAAUGUCUGUGUCCCGUUGAUGUUGCUACAAUAUUUAUUGAAUUAUAUAUUUUCCCUUUCAAAUAAAAUAAAAAUUAAGAAAAAAAA